AUGAAAGGCAAAGGACCUUCGAGUUUGAUCAACAGAGUAUCGGCCCGUUUCGGUCUGACUCGUGAACUGCCAUCGGUAAUCCAGCUUGGCCUCGCCUUUAUGUUCGUCUUUACCGGUUUUGACACUCAAGCGUACGUCACCGAAACAGCGCUUCACUCAAUAGCACUCAAAGAGCCACACCGAAUCGACCCACAUGCCGGAUAUUAUGGACUUGCGAUAACUUAUCUCACAUUCACUUCAUCGUGUUUUCUCACACCGCUCAUAUUGGGUUGGAUUGGCGCAAAAUGGAGCAUGUUCUUAGCGAGUCUGGCUUACACGGCUUUCAUGACCACUUUUGUGAUGGUUAACAGCUACAUGUUCUAUGCGAUGUCUGCAAUUAUGGGAUUUGCUGCAGCGUUGCUUUGGAAUGCGCACGGUGUGUACAUGAGAGAAAUAACCACACCUGGCAACGCGUCCAGAAACAGUGGAUUACAUUGGGGAUUGAAUUUCGGCAGUGUUUCAAUGCUACCAGUACUGGUUUUUGUCGAAAGUCAUUCGCUGAUAAUAAAUGCGUUAGAAAAUUUCAGUUUGUUGUUCGGUGGAAUACUGUUGUUGUUGAUCUUUCGUGGCACUGGUCAAUCGCAAGUGAUGUCAAUGGAAGUUAUAACGUAUAUCUUCGAAGGUCUCUCCGUAUUCACGAUUCUCUCGAAUGUUCUCUUCUUCCUUCUUCCCGAUUUCUCGGAACGAAGCGCAGCUAGUAAAGCCAGCUUCCGCAAAACAAUCGGUCGAAUCUUUAUGUUACUUCGUGAUCGUCGAAUGCUGCUACUAUCGGCAAUAUUCAUGUACAAUGGGUUCGUACUCUCCUUCUACAUCUCCAUCUAUCCGUCUUGUUUAUCGUUCUCGAAAUCAUUGGUUGGUGCUGGCAAUGAGAUAAUCGCCUACUUCGCUUUAGUCACUUCAUUCGGGCAGAUCGCCGGCGGUUUCUUCGUCAGCUUCAUGAGCAAAAAAAUCUACGGUUUUGGUUACAUGCCGACAAUGUUAAUGACGAUUCCCAUCAAUUUGAUCACGUUUGCGGGAAUCUAUAUCACCUUUCCGUCCGAUGCUAAUACUCGUUCAUCAUUAGAACCAACUAUGCUUGCACCGAGUCUUCUGAUAUGGCUGUUUCUUGGACUUCUGUUAGCAAUUGGUGACAGCUUCUGGAACACUAUUCGAACAGCGUGCCUUACCGCUCUCUACAGUAAGAACAGCUCACAAGCAUUCGCCCUGAGCAAGUUCUUCCAGUCGAUGAUGGCAUGCGCCUCGUUCUUCUUCACCGGAUCAAUAAGUUUACACGCAGAAUUGCUACUGCUCACCGUAUUCCUCGGCUUUGCAUGUAUAGCAUUCACGUUUUUGUACCGUAUUACUGGUACGGAGCAAUUGGACGUUCACGAAAAUCCUGGCGAUAUCUACACAAUCGAAAAGGAUAAAGUUGCGCCAUGUGAGCCACAAUCCAGCCCUGCGAACAUCGUUGAAUUGUGCUGA